UUUGUUAUUUAAGGUUGUUUUGUUUUAGGUUGGGGGGUGUUGUUGGAGAAUGGAUGAGAAGUCGGUUCCUUAUAAUCUCCGACUGCGGAAGGAUCACAAGGCGUCGGCUGCAACGGAGGGUUCGAAAGGUCAAAAGCAAGCAGAAAGGGAGUUUCAGGAAAAGGGAGGCGAAGAAGUGUUGUCAUUAUAUGGAUGUGACAAAUGUGGAUGCUCUUUUGAUCUUCAACCCUCUCUUCGUUCGCACCAUUGCAAAAGCAAUAAUAAAAGUGAGAGAGAGGCAACGGAAAAUGAAGUGGAGGAAGCGUUGGGGAAGGACAAAUCUCUGAGGAAAAGAACCAGGAAGGGAAUACCCACACGGGCUCCUUUCUUCUAGAUUAUUAUAUUAUU